AUGAGCGUAGAACACCUUGUCACACCAGACAGCAAGGAAGCUAUCGAAGACUGUGUCAAAGGUUCUGGGCACAUACAAACUUCUGAAGAGGCUCCAAAUGGCCAAAAUGGAGGCGGCUGCCUGAAGUGUCGAUGGCUCAGCCAAGGGUGGGGCCGAGGGGGUGGCACACACUGGAGAGGUUUGGCAGCAGCGUUACCAAGGCCCCCCCACCCUUCACGCCCUCACCCUUCCCUUACACAGGCGCCCGAUGGCCUCAUCUUCCCAGACCGAGCCACGCUGUACGUGACGGCCAUCGAGGACCGGCAGUACAAAGACUACAAGAUCCACUGGUGGGAGAAUGUGUAUGGCUUUGACAUGUCUUGCAUCAAAGACGUGGCCAUCAAGGAGCCCCUGGUGGAUGUGGUGGACCCCAAGCAGCUGGUCACCAACGCCUGCCUCAUCAAGGAGGUGGACAUCUACACCGUGAAGGUGGAAGACCUGACCUUCACCUCGCCCUUCUGCCUGCAAGUGAAGCGGAACGACUACGUGCAUACCCUGGUGGCCUACUUCAACAUCGAGUUCACGCGCUGCCACAAGAGGACCGGCUUCUCCACCAGCCCCGAGUCCCCGUACACACACUGGAAGCAGACAGUGUUCUACAUGGAGGACUACCUGACGGUGAAGAUGGGCGAGGAGAUCUUUGGCACCAUUGGCAUGCUGCCAAAUGCCAAGAACAAUCGUGACCUGGACUUCACCAUUGACCUGGACUUCAAGGGCCAGCUGUGUGAGCUGUCCUGCUCCACCGACUACCGGAUGCGCUGAGACGGCGCCCGGUGUCUCCCACCCCAGCCCGGCCGGCCCUGCACAGGCCCAGCGGCUGUGGCAUUUCUUAGGCGGUUUCAGGAUCCCCCUUCCUCUCCUUUUCUCAGAAGGGAGUGACAGGGGCCUGGGCCUGGGAUGGGAGGGUUGGGGGGAGGGCACAUUGUGACUGUUUUUCAUAACUUAUGUUUUUAUAUGGUUACAUUUAUGCCAAUAAAUCCUCAGCUGGG